CAUGACUGAUCCUUUGUUCUUCUACUUACUUGUUCGCGCUGGCUACACUCAUUUGAUGCCACCUGGGGCGUGCAAAUCUUGAACGUCUUUUUUCCUUGUUAUGCCUAAAAUAAAAUUGAGGCACAAGUUGAGUCUCACAAGAUAGAAGCUUCCAUGCCAUGGUCCACUCACCUAACAAAUACCUACUUCUCAAAAGUCAAAAUUUCUUUUUCUUCUCCCAAGAAAAUUGUCUAUAUUUAUUGAAUUUGAUUAACCUUAAUCCCAUCUUAAAUCACCAUACAUCUCUAUUUUCCUUUUCUUGCUGAAGAUUAUUGAGAAGCUAUGGGUGACAUUGAUCCUUCUUUCGUUCAAGACCAUGAGCAGAGGCCAGAUUUCAAAAGCAUAGAAAUUGAAGAAAUCCCAGUUAUUGAUCUCUCAGUUUCAAGCCCAAGUGACAUUCAAGAAGUAGUUUCAAAGAUUGGAGAAGCAUGCAAGAAAUAUGGGUUUUUUCAAGUGAUUAAUCAUGGAGUAGCACUGGAGCUGCGUCAAAAGACUGAGAAGGUGGCAAAAGAAUUCUUUGAUCAGUCGCUGGAGGAGAAAAGGAAGGUGAAGCGAAACGAGGUAGAUCCUAUGGGAUACUACGACAGUGAACAUACUAAAAAUGUUAGGGAUUGGAAGGAGGUUUUUGACUACUUGGUGUUGGACCCAACUCUGAUUCCUGCCUCAGCUGAUCCUGAUGAUAAAGAGCUAAGGACUUUGACCAAUCAAUGGCCUCAGUACCCCUUUGAAUUCAGGGAGAAAUGCCAAGAAUACACCAAGCAAGUUGAAAAACUAGCUUUCAAGUUGCUGGAACUUAUUUCUAUGAGCUUAGGCUUACCAGCUGAUCGUUUGAAUGGCUACUUCAAGGACCAAAUCAGCUUUGCUAGGCUCAAUCACUAUCCUCCAUGCCCUGCUCCCCAUCUAGCUCUUGGUGUGGGUCGACACAAAGAUGGUGGUGCCUUAACCGUCCUUGCUCAAGAUGAAGUUGGAGGACUGGAAAUUGCCAGGAGAGCAGACGGCGAGUGGGUUCCGGUCAAGCCAAUACCAGAUGCCUUCAUCAUCAACAUAGGCAAUUGUAUGCAGGUUUGGAGCAAUGAUCUGUACUGGAGUGCAGAGCACAGGGUGGUGGUGAACUCGGAGAAGGAAAGGUUUUCAAUGCCAUUUUUCUUUUUCCCUGCACACUAUGUCCAAAUUAAGCCUCUGGAGGAGCUAGUGAAUGAGCAAAAACCUCCCAAAUACAAAGAAUUCAACUGGGGAAAGUUUUUUGCUAAUAGAAACCGUAGUGAUUACAAGCAACAAGAAGUGGAAAAUGUCCAAAUCGAUCAUUACAAGGCACCUGAGUAGCUGUUUCGAGUGGCUUCUAUGUGUCUAUCAGCAAAUAAUAUGCAGUCAUGAACUACAAAUUUAAAUGGUGUGAUAUUCUCUAUUCCCAUUUAGCUUUGUGAACAUAUAAACUAUUAGAUCUGUUUUUUA